UGCAAUUCUAGAACUAGGCAAAGCUUCAUUCCAUGUAAAUAUUUCUUAGUGGCUUUUUAAGGCAAGUCUAAACAGCUAUUGUUAGAUUUUUAUUUUUGAUAGAAUUCUGGUUGAGAGAAGACCUGAGUUCCUGAGUUAGGGGAUCAGGGGGACAAAGGAGGUAAAUAUAUUCAUUAGUUUUUGGUUACUAAAAUCAGUAAAUAUAUACCCCUGGAUAUAUGUCUCUGUUCACUUCACCAGUGUUUUGCUAAAUGUAAAGUAAGAAUGAUAAACAAGACAGAAGUUUAACAUCUUAAACAACAUUAAACAAGCAAACAACAUGGUUCAGCAAAGGCAGAAUAAGGCUGUUGUGGCUGUUACAAAAUCCCAAGGGAUUGUAGUCCUUCAUAGUACAAAAUGGCUUCUAGAGUUCUGGCCAUCACAUCUGAGUUCCUGGCAGAAAAACAGACAAAAAGCAGAAGGCUUGAAGAGGGGUUGCUGUACCCAUGGAGGCCAGAGGGGGCAGCCUAAGUUAAGGAGGGCAAGAGGUAUUGUUGCCAUGCAGGCAUGUGGAUCUAUGUUGCCAGGUCUUCUGAAAUGCUCCUCAGAAACGAACAACCCUGAAUUUUGAACGAUAUCCCCUGACUUGCAGAUGACAGUAAGGAAUUGUUUAACACACUGAGAAAACCAAAAUGACAAGGCUGCAGCCAGGCCUGGCCUGUAAGUUUCCACCUUGACCGUUGGGAGUUAAAUCUCAUCAGAAAGGUUCUGUUCUCAAUGCACUGGGUGGCAAAGCAAAUCUCAGCCAUAGAGGACACCGGGAAGGUGGGCAGUCAGGAGCUUUCCCAACCUGAGCAGAUGUGGCAGGGUGGGGUGUGGGUUCCAGGCCAGCUCAGAAGCCUUGAGGCCUCUCAGGAGCCUGCUCUGUCCUGGGUCCCCCCUCCUGGCCUGGCCGCUGUCAGAGCUUAGAGAUUGUGCCAGGGAAGUGGGCAGCAGGGAGCCCAGCUGCUGCCUGUAGUACUUCUAAGCUCUGUGUGUGGAAGCAGGAGGGCGCACCGGCCGGGGUGUUGGAGAUUCCUGGCAAGGUGGGGACCUCCCUGCUGGUCCAGAGUGGGGUGGCCCCAGAUGUGGAGGAGGUUGUCCCAGGCCUAAUGGUUGGCCCCAGGGUGACUUCAGCUCCAAACUGCUGGGGAAUAUUUUGCUGUUUUAAUUUUAAUAGUCAUGUUCAAAUUUUCAUGGGAAGUAAAAAAAAUAACUAUGUCACCAAGCCUGGCAUCACUCCAUAAUGACAAAAGUGCGUUUAAAGUGUGUCCGGAACUGUUUUACUUCUCAUCACAAGCCGUGAGGUCCCUCGGUCAAAGUCCUUGAUUGGCAGGGAGGGAAAUGAGACACAGAGGCAGGGUCACCCAGCAUGUGGCAGAGCUGAGGUCGAGCCAGGUAGCUCACACCCCUGGCCACUCUAAUGGUUUGGCUUGACUGAGGACAGACUGGAGAGAGCCAGUGACAGCACAGGUGGGUGACAGGGGAUCAGAUGGAUGGCUGGUGGAGUGACAGCAGACUAGUGCUGGAGGGCUGGAGUAAGUGGUCUGCCAAGGUCUGCGGCCUAGAGAGUUCUGUGCUUUCAGGAGAAAAAGAAUCAUUUCAGGUGACCAUAUUUUUAUAUUAGGUAAUAGUGCAUAUGGUUCACAGUUAAAACUAUAUAAAAAGAUAAAUUUUGAGGUGGCAGCAACAGCCCCAGCAUUUCCUGGGUGCCCAGGUUGUUUUUGCAAAUCAAGCAAAAAGAACACCCACCCUAACUGGGACUGGGUCACUUACCAAUGUUGCUGCAGACCUUCCCGUCAGCAGUGAGCUCAUCCCCUUUCCUUGGUCCUGGGCCUUGUACAGGUGUGUGGGUUUCAACAGGUAGCAAGCUCUGCAACCUGUCCCAUCAGUAAUAGCUGCUUGGAUGGAUUCCCAUGUUUUGCUAUUACAAGGCCACAAUGAAUAGAUAAUCCUGAACAUGAGUCUUUCAGUUCAGAGCAGGUGACCUUUGGCUUUGCGACAAUCUCACAGUGAAAAUGCCAACUUAAGAUUCAUUUUGUCCCCCUAUCAUGAAAGGAGACGAUAGUUUUCCACAAGUUGAAACCUUAUUUGUACUCUUUUCAUCAUUUGUGUGCUUGGCCCUCUUUCUUGAGGCUUUUGUUCUUGAUUUGUAAAAUUCUUCUUUUUGUGGUACUGGGGAUUUUUCUUAGCCACUGUCUCAUCACUGGGACAAAGUACCUGAUACCCACAAUUUAAAGGAGGAAAAGUUUCUUUUUGCUCACAAUUUCAUCCUACGGUCAGCUGGCUCCAAUGCAGAAACCACAGGGCAAAAGGCCUGGCAGAGGAAAGCUGUUCAACUCGUGGCAGCUAGGAAGCAGAGAGAAGGGAGGAGCAGGGCCAAGAGCAUAUCCUUCCAGGUCACACGCCCAGGGACCUGCCUCCAACCAGGCCCCACCUCCUAACAGCACAUUCAGGAUUAAUCCAUGGAGGAGUGGAUUAAUGGUCCCUACUGCGCAGUCACCUUCCAAACACAGGAGGCUUUGGGGGGGAUAUUUAGAUAAACCACGACAGGAUUGGACCCAGAGCCUUCACACUGAGCUAUAUCCCCAGGCUUUUUUUUUUUCUUUUGGAGACAGGGUCUCACUAAACCACUAAGUUGCCCAGACUGGCCUUGAAUUUUCAGUCUUCCUGUCUGUUCCCCAGAGUCCCAAGAUUACAAACCUGUAAAAAUUCUUUGUAUAUUAGAAAGAUGAACUUUUGUCUGUGUUUUGUGUUGAGAAUAUUUUGCGAGGUUGUCAUUUGCCUUUUGACCUUGCUGUUUGUUUGCUUGCUUGCUUGUUUUUGAGACAAGAUCUCCCUAUGUUGUCCAGGCUGACCUCAAACUCACAGUCCUCCUGCCUAAGCUUCCCAUGUAGCUGGGAUUACAAGUGAUGCCGCUGUGCCCAAACGCUGUUAGUAUUUUUGGCAGGGAGUGUUUUGAAUCUUUGAUUAUUUGCUUUUGCGGAUUUUUACAUUUAUGGUGUUAAAUAUAUCAAAAUUCUCUUUCUGGCCCCUGCAUUUACAAGCUUAGGAAAACCUUCCCACUUAAAGGUUAGUUAUAAGGGAAUUUGUCUGUUUUCUGCUAAUAAGUCAGCUUAUUCACAUAAUAAGAGAGAGGAGAAAAAAAGAAAAGAAAACCCUGGGCCCACAGCGCAGCCCCUUUGUUGAUGAGGUGUCGUUGGUCUUUCUAGAGGGAGACCUGGAGACCCUGGAGAGCACCGACCUUUAAAGAAAGAAAAGGAGACAGCUGGGGGACGAAACAGCACUUUAUUCCUCAGAAGAACAUCUGUGACAUUCCUGCACAUCUCUGGCCUUUGUUUAUCAUUACAGCAUCGUCACAUUUAUCUUAGUCUUAAAGGUUAACAAGUAACUCAUAAAGCCACAGGCAAGUUUACACGUCUCAUGUCUCUGUUCACCAGAGCCGUACAUCUAAGAGUACAUUGUACAUCGCAGCCCUCCUCUAUCAGAUAUUCCAAGAAAGCAGACCCCGGACAAUGGUUACUAAGAGAGCUUAGGAAAACAUGUUUCCUUCCUAUGAACUUUUACAACAUCUUUUAAGGCUUUCUGCAAUCCUUUCAGCAAACAGGCCCGAGGAAGUUCUCUGAGACAUUUACUUAGUUCUUUCAAUUAACAAGUUUCUUACAAUUAGUAACUAAAUCCUAGAGUUGAGGACAUUCACAGAGAAUUGCUUAAUUUUCUCAUUUCAUAAGCUUCUUACAAUUAGUAACUAAAUCCUACAUGUUCCCACAGUGAGGCCCUUGCACCAUCUCACCUGGUGUCCUUUUCCAGGCUUACGUGAGGAGACAGCAGCCCCACCAUGGCCUUGCUGGUCCACCUGCUGGUCUGCGUCUUCGGGAUGGGCUCCUGGGUGGCCAUCAAUGGGCUGUGGGUGGAGCUGCCCCUGCUGGUGACAGAGCUGCCUGAGGGCUGGAACCUGCCCUCCUACCUCACGCUGAUCAUCCAGCUGGCCAACAUUGGGCCCCUGCUGGUCACCCUGCUGCAUCGCUUCCGGCCUGGCUAUCUCUCUGAAGUCGCCAUCAUCUUCACCAUCCUGACCGUAGGCACUGUCACCUGUAUCCUUUUUGCCUUCCUCUGGAACAUGACCUCCAGAGUGCUGGGUGGCCGCCACAGCAUUGCCUUCAUCAUCCUCACUUUCUUCCUGGCACUGGUGGACUGCACCUCCUCCGUCACCUUCCUGCCCUUCAUGAGCCAGCUGCCCUCCUACUACCUCACUACCUUCUUUGUGGGUGAAGGAUUCAGUGGCCUCCUGCCUGCACUGUUGGCUCUGGCCCAGGGCUCGGGUAUCACCUCCUGUGUCAAUGUCACGGACUCACUGGAUGCCAACUCAAGCACUGUGACCACCAACGAGACCCACAGCACACAGGGAACCAGCAGCCCCACGGUGUGGACCCCCACGGUGUGGACCCCCACCAGCCACCUGGAGGGCCGCUACCUCCCCGCGCGCUUCUCACCACUGGUCUUCUUCCUGCUGCUGGCCGCCAUGAUGGCCUGCUGCCUCCUCGCCUUCUUCCUGCUCCAGCAUCGGUCCCAGGCCCAGCAAGGUUCCAUCGAGGACCUGCUUCAGUCCCAGGUCACCCUCCACUCCAUCAGGCCGCAAGAGGAGAAAGACGCAGGCCCCCUAGACCCUGCAGAGAACAGCAAGGGGAAGGCACAACUGGAGGAGAAAGUGGCCACCCUGCACCCUGUGCAGCUGGCCUUCAUCUACACGCUGGUGGCCUUUGUAAACGCACUCACCAACGGCGUGCUACCCUCUGUGCAGACCUACUCCUGCCUGUCCUACGGGUCUUUCACCUACCACCUGUCUGCCACCCUCAGCUCCGUGGCCAGCCCACUUGCCUGCUUCCUCUCCAUAUUCCUGCCUAACAGGUCUCUGCCUUUCCUGGGGGUCAUCACUGUGCUGGGGACUGGCUUUGGGGCCUACAACAUGGCCAUGGCUGCGAUGAGCCCCUGCCCCCUCCUCCAGGGCCACUGGGGGGGAGAAGUCCUCAUUGUGAUUUCUUGGGUGCUGUUCACUGCCUGUCUCAGCUACAUCAAGGUCAUGCUGGGAGUGAUCCUGAGAGACCAGAGCCACAGCGCCCUCGUGUGGUGCGGGGCGGCGGUGCAGCUGGGCUCUCUGGUCGGGGCGCUGCUCAUGUUCCCGCUGGUCAAUGUGCUGAGGCUCUUCGUGUCUGCCGACUUUUGCAACCUGGAUUGCUCUACCUAGGCCGGCCCCAUCGCUGACGCCUGGAAGCUAGGACCCGAACAGGCGAGGGGGUGGCCAAGGUCACAGAGCCCGCAGUGGGGUGCGGGGACAGAGGCUGAGGCUCAGGACCACGAACCCCCACCUCUGACAGUGAACCCCACCAGGCUGCCAGAGGCUUGGAAGCAGUUCUCAGCCCCAGGCGGAAGAUGCGAUUGUUAUUUUGUUUUACUUUAAAAAAAAAAAAAAAAAGACAUUGCUUGAUUUUACACUCAUAUCAGCCUUCGGAUUUCAGUGUGAACGGAAAAAAUGUAUCAGUAUAAUUAGUGUCCAGUGGAGACAGGGCUGGGAAAUGGGAGAGCUGGCCCGGGACUUCCCUGCCUAGUUUGUUCUGGCUGCUCACCUCAGCCACCGCACCGUCCUUUUUCAUCUGUGGUGGCUGAUUAAUGGUGUAACAUCUGUCAAAACUCAGAAAGUAUAAAUUGGUGUCUUCCCUGGGGCUCUCAACACACAAACACAUGCACUCGUGUGUGCACCAGCACUUUCAUUAGUCCUUUUUCACACUUCCACAAAUUAUGCAAAUAUAAAGGAAAUGCAAAUAUA